GAUGAUUACCAAUACAGGUCUAAAUGUUGGCGAUGGGUGACGUAAACCAUGACGUAACAAACGCUCAGAGCAAUGGGGGACGUUUCGCUCUGCCGAAUUAAAUACGUCUCUUACUCUGAGUAUACUUGGUGAGUUUACACACCGCUUAACGCGCGUGUAAUGCCGUCCUAUACUUGGCGCACUACAAUGCACGUGUACAAGAGGGGGUUUGUUGCUGGACGCUUGGUCACUUGGUGCAGCAGCGACGGUCGUCCAGGCGCAACUUGAUCUGGGGUCACCGUAUGCCAUACACGCGGCCUAGAUUGGUAGGAAUACCGGCGGACUGGGAACUAGACAUAGGACAGCGUUGUCCGUAUUGCAAUCACACAGGAAAGUGCACAGCAAGAUGACAUCAGCGGAGACGGCGACGCAAAUUCAUCCCCCGAGUGACAAAUUCAAAGAGCAUGAUCCUUCUAUGCCAGAGGCUGAAAAGUUCCUCAAUGGAGAGGCAUCAGAAGGGCAAGCAGAGACGCAAUUUGUUACCGAGAAAAAAGCGCGAAAGACGCAACAACGCAGGAAGUAUUUAGAUUUGAUUUUGCUGGCAGUGGCAGGCACUUGUGUAAUGACAGCUUUCAAUGGCCUGGGAAGCCUACAAAGUAGCUUGAACACAGAAGGUGGACUCGGGUUCUUGACGCUCUGUGCGAUUUGGGUCGGUGCUAUCUUAUCUUGCCUAUAUGCACCAAUUUUGGUUGAAAAAUUUACGCCAAAACGCACGUUGAUGCUAGCGCAAUGUUGUCAUAUAGUCUUCGUAUCGUCAAACUUUUACCCAAAGGUUUACACCUUAUUACCAGCAGGGAUGUUGUUGGGGCUUGCCCUAGGGGCUCAGUGGACGGCCACGGGGUUUUAUAUCACCACUCUGGCCCUUGACCACGCCGAGAUAGCACAGAAACCAAUCGAGUUCAGCAUCAGUCGAUUCAAUGGCCUCCAUUGGCUACUCUUCAAAAGUUCUCACGUUUGGGGCAAUAUCAUCGCAUUCUCUGUGCUCCAGCACUCCAGCCACGCGACCCCGGCCACUAACGACACCACAUACAACAAUGAUACCACACCCAUAGCUUACCGCUUAAAUGCUUCCUGUGGGUUACUAAGUUGUCCAGAGACUAUAGAAACACUGCAUACUCACGCUGAAACGAAGACACAUCGACCAGAAGACUACCUUGUGUAUAUACUGUUAGGAAGCUACGUAGGGCUGAUAUUCGUAGGACUUGUCAUCACGACUUUCAUUAUACCGGAAGUCAGUCCCCAUGCUCAUGGCAAUGAGAGCAAGAAGGACACCUUGGAGACGCUGCUUGGGACCUUCAUGCUCCUGAAAGACUACCGCAUGUCGCUAUUGGUACCUUUAUGUAUGUUUAGCGGAUUGCACCAAGCAUUUCUCUUCGGUGAUUUUACUAAGGCGUACAUCACCUGUGAGCUUGGCAUAGAGUGGGUGGGCUACACAAUGAUAUGCUACGGCGUGUCCAGUUCUGUAGGACCUUACAUCUUCGGACACCUGUUAAAAUGGACAGGAUUCAACGCCCUCUAUCUUUCUGCAUUCGUUGUGAACGUCGCCUUGUUCAUUCAGAUGCUUGCGUGGCCCAUCCCCCCGGAACACAUUGCCUAUUUCUUCCUUGUUCCGACCAUAUGGGGUUUUUUGAAUGGGGUCUGGAUGAGCGUCACAUUAGCUUUAUUUGGAGUCCGUUUUCCUUCAAACCAACGUCCAGCGUUCGCAAACUUCAACCUUUGGCAAAAUAUUGCGUUCGCUACCGCGUAUGGGUACUCCAGCCAUCUCUGCAUUGCCUCCAAGAUCUACGUGUGCCUUGGGACGCUUGUCAUGGCUGCCAUGCUGUACGUUGUAGUAGAGAUCAAGACUCGUUCCAGUAAAUCCAUCGAAGAGGAAAUGGCCGCCCCUUCAUCAAACGGACAUCUACCAUCUAGCAACGGACGCUUGUCAGAGGUGGAAAGACUGCAUUCCAGAGAAUUUCACUCCAGAGAAUUUCAGUCGAAUCUGAGUGUCACGUUCAGACAAAAUGGCGGCCCCAAACGCGCCAGUAACACCAUGCUGCACGUGACUGACUACGCAUUCUUAGCUGCGUCGACGGGAAGCCUAGUAGCUGAGAUGGACGCUCUCUCUUCUUCACACAAGGACUCCCGUCUAAACUUACGCUGAUAAAGUGCGCGCAAAUUAAACUUUGGAGUUAGACAAAUUGAAAAGUUAAGUCGACACAUAGACAUUUACAUUAUAUACAUUAUAUUAUUCUUUUCUGUUUUAGCAUUCACAUGUACUUGUAUUAUACGUCAUGCGCGUCAGCAAGUAUGUCUUCCCAAAGACGUGCAAAUAUGUGCUUCCAGCACAUCUGGCAUUUGUAUAACAGUCAUCAUUGCAUUUCUACGAAAGGGGAAUUUCCAAACACUGACGACAUUUAUAAUCGCAAUAUAAGUUUUAACAACCGUAUUUAUGUCCUAACUGUAGCAGGCCAUGGAACUUAAGGCUCGUAUUUAUAUGGAAACUUUGUCUGUGUCAUACCGCAUUUGUCAUACCGCCCCCAUUUGGAGCAAUGGAUUACAACUCCUGCUCAAGAUUUUCCUUUAUCAAUUAUUGUACUGUUGGGAUAUAAUGGCAUAUCCAGAUAGAAAUGUAAGCACAAUUUAGACAGAACAUAAGUGACUAGUCGUGCAUUAAUUUGUGUCUCUAAAUCAUCAGUAUGAUUUUGACAAAUUAUGUUGUAUCAAAUAUAUUUUUGAGUUUCUUUCGUGUAGGACUUUUAAAACAAGUCCUGGGCAGGGUUUAAAAAGCAUAGUUGACGAAAUGAGGUGAGAGGGUUAUUGAAUCCUACACGUAUGUGAACGCAACUAAUAGUCUCACUAACAUUCUUAGCACCAUGUACAUGUACUUAGACCAACUUUAUACUAGAUUUAUCAUUUUGUGAGACGGGUGACUCUAAAGCACUAUGGAUCGGAGCUCGGUUAAGUUGUAGAGGUGUUCGGGGAGCACUGAGACGCCAUUCCAUUUUGUUGAUCAGGUCAAGACAAUACGACCGUUAACGAGUCCAAAGAAAACUGGGAUUUCAUUCAUGAUCAUUAACUAUAAUCAAUUGAAAAAUUGUAAAACAUAUCUGUUUUAAACUAGUUGCUUUUUAGGCUGUUUUUUUAAGAUUAUUGACCAUUUAUUCACCAUAACGCAACUCAAACAUCGUGGUUGAUCGGGUUUGGCAACCCUCAGCAUAUUUUACCCACCAGUCCAUGACCAUAUUAACACUGUAUAUUGUUAUAAUAAAUAUUAAAAUGGUAAAGAACUAUUCUUUGAAACCGAAUUAAUUGCACUCAGGACGCUAAAAGUCAGUUUACCCUGCCAAACGUUAGCAUUAUAUUCUAUUGUAUUUACACGAUAAAUG